AUGAGCAGCACGACAGUGCUGUUCUCCCCGACCUCCUCCUCCCUGUUCCUCACCAAACCUUCUCCCGUCGCCAAGGGCAGGACGGCGGCGGCGGCGGCUGUGAGGUGCAGCAGUGGGCCCUCCCUGUCAGUGGGACAUGAAGAGGAGGGGGAGAGGGAGGGUGUAGCAAUGGUGGGGAGGAGGCGGACAUUGACUUCUGCAGCUGCUGCUGUCUGUGGCGCUCCAAUGCUUGGGUUUGCAGGCCUUGGUCUGGCGGCCACUCAGGGCCUGCUGGCAGGGAGGAUCCCCGGCUUGUCUGAACCUGAUGAAAAUGGUUGGAGAACAUACCGUAGGCCAGACGACAAGUCCGGUGGCCACGGAGUUGGCUGGAGCCCCAUCAUCCCGUACAGCUUCAAAGUUCCAGACGGCUGGGAUGAGGUCCCGGUGUCAAUUGCUGAUCUUGGCGGCACGGAGAUCGACCUGCGCUUCGCAAACCCAAAGGAGGGCCGGUUGUUCGUCAUCGUAGCCCCGGUUCGCCGGUUCGCAGAUGAUCUUGAUGAUGCGACCAUCGAAAAGAUCGGCAACCCGGAGAAGGUGAUCACCGCCUUUGGUCCAGAGGUCACAGGAGAGAAUGUGGAAGGGAAGGUCCUGUCCACGGCGACGGCAGAGCAUUCAGGAAGAACUUACUACCAGUUUGAGCUGGAGCCACCCCAUGUGUUUAUUACCGCCACGGCAGCUGGGAACAGGCUCUACCUGUUCAGUGUAACUGCAAACGGUCUGCAAUGGAAGAGGCAUUACAAGGAUCUGAAACAAAUAGCAGAAUCAUUUCGAGUCGUGUAG